AUGAUUCGCACAGAGACUCGGUUUGACAACAAGCGGAAGCGUCUUGACCACAAGAAACUCCAAUUCGCAACAGCAACAUACAAGGAGAACGACUAUCCUCAUCGCCUGUCACUAUACGAUGUGCCUCCAACCCAAGAGAUCACACUCGAGGAGUUCGAGACGUGGGCGAUCGACAGACUGAGAGUCCUCGCGGAACUCGAAUCAUGCUCGUUCAGGAACCGAUCACCGCCCGAAACGGCGGCACAUAUGCAGCCCAUCAUCAAGAAGUACCUGCAACUGUCGGCAAAUUCAGCAGCCGCAGGCAGCCAGAUAGACCAACGGCUCAAGAGCGAACGACGGAAAGACCACUACUCACACUACAUUCUCAGACUUGCAUUUUCUGGCACAGAAGAUCUGCGGAGGAGGUUCGCUCGAGUGGAAUCAAUGUUGUUCAAGUUGCGACUUGAGGAAGACGAUGGACGCGAGAAACGUGCCUUCAUCGAGAGUCUGAACCUCGACUGGGACUAUGUCACACCAGAGGAAAAAAAAGGCCUCGGUGAGGAACUGUUAGGAGCGACGCCCGGCGUACGGAGGCUGGACGACGAGAACUGGUUCAAGGUUGACUGGACCAGAGUGCCAGAGCUCGUUGAGCACCGGCGGGUGCUGAUCAAGAGGGGCAAGGCAUAUGUGCCACUGAAGGAGCAGACCAGUAUGAUCCUCAACGAAUUCACAAAACGGUUGGAAAGCGGCCUCGAGCUCACAGCAAGACAACUACCACGGCUAGACGAAGACGACCGCCUCUCGCCCAUCCUCGACCACCUGUCAAAGAACUUCACUACCCCGGAUGCGGGCUUCUCGGACUCAGACUCUGCUCUUGCUGGUGCUCCAAUCAACGCAGCCAACAUCGACGCACUUUCACAACACUUCCCGCUGUGCAUGAAAAACUUGCACACCACACUUCGUCAGAACAGUCAUCUCAAGCAUUACGGUCGGCUGCAGUACAGCCUCUUCCUGAAAGGCAUCGGACUGAGUCUCGAAGACUGUCUUCUUUUCUGGCGGCAGGCUUUCAACAAGAUCACGGACGACACGUUCAACAAGGAGUACCGCUACAACGUCCGCCACGUAUACGGCGACGUGGGAGGUGACUCGAAUCGUAGAGGACGAGGCUAUUCACCGUACUCGUGCCAGAAAAUAUUGACCGAGCACCCACCGGGCACGGGAGAAGCACACGGCUGUCCGUAUCGCCACUUUAGCGUAGAUAACCUCACCAGUAUGCUGCAAGCUACCGGCGUGCAUGAUCGAGACCUACUCAAGGGGGUCAAGGAGGAUGUCGAGAAGAAGCGGUACCACAUUGCCUGUAAUCGGGUCUUCGAAUGGGCGCAUAAGGGUGAGAUCAAGAAGGUGAAAGACGAAGGUAUCUGGGGCGCUGCUGAGCUCGACACGAUCGUCCAUCCGAACACAUACUUCAAGCGAUCGUACUUGCUGAAGAACCUGGGUGAGCCGAAGCAGGACAUUCGGAUGGAGGGAUGA